CUCAGAGACGCUUUACAACUUCGCUUCGCCGAUACAGCUCAAGGACGUCUUGACAGCGAACAAUUCACCGGUAGCCGCAUUGUCCGUGAGAUCUGUCACUGUGUCAAAACUGUUGAAAGUCAUACGGGCCUGUAGACCCUUAGUAGUCAACUACUGUUCUUUAUCUGGUUGGUUGAAUUACAACCUAGGACUGGAGAAGUCACUAUUCAACAAUCAUGCCAGUUAAAGCAGUAAAAGCUCGUCAGAUCUUUGACAGCCGUGGUAAUCCGACAGUGGAAGUUGAUGUCACCACAGAAAAGGGCUUGUUCCGUGCUGCAGUUCCUAGUGGAGCAUCAACAGGCAUCUAUGAGGCCCUGGAAAUGAGAGAUAAGGACCCUAAGGCCUACCUCGGGAAAGGUGUCAUGAAUGCUGUUAACAAUGUCAACAACAUAAUUGCUGGUGAACUUGUCAAAUCUGGUUUGGAUGAGGCAGACCAGACAGCUGUAGACGAGUUUCUUCUGAGUCUGGAUGGUACAGAGAACAAAUCCAAGCUGGGAGCCAAUGCCAUCCUGGGUGUAUCCCUGGCUGUGUGCAAGGCUGGUGCCGCCAAGAAGGGGGUGCCACUGUACCGCCACAUCGCUGACCUUGCGGGAAACACCGAAGUCAUUCUACCGGUUCCUGCGUUCAACGUGAUCAAUGGUGGUAGCCACGCUGGGAACAAGCUGGCUAUGCAGGAGUUCAUGAUUCUUCCUACAGGAGCCUCCUCAUUCACUGAGGCCAUGCGGAUGGGCUCAGAGGUCUACCAUAACCUGAAGGACGUCAUCAAGAAAAAGUAUGGACAGGAUGCAUGCAACGUGGGAGACGAGGGUGGCUUCGCCCCCAACAUUCUGGAGAAUGAUGAAGGCCUGGCCCUCCUCAAGACGGCCAUAGAGAAGGCAGGCUACACGGGCAAGAUCCAGAUCGGCAUGGAUGUGGCAGCCUCAGAGUUCUGCAAGGACGAGUUGUACGAUCUUGACUUCAAGAACAAGGACUCUAAGAAAGAGGACUGGCUGACUUCUGACAAGCUAGCUGACGUGUACCAGAGCUUCAUCAAGAACUAUCCCAUUGUGUCCAUCGAGGAUCCCUUUGACCAGGAUGACUGGGCCGCCUACACAAAACUCACCUCAAACGUGAAGAUCCAGAUUGUGGGUGACGACCUGUUGGUGACCAACCCCAAGCGUGUGCAGACUGGCAUUGACAAGAAGGCGUGUAAUUGCCUCCUCUUGAAGGUCAACCAGAUAGGCAGCGUCACAGAGUCCAUCAAGGCCUGGAGCAUGGCCAAGGACGCAGGCUGGGGUGUGAUGGUGUCCCACAGGUCUGGGGAGACAGAAGACACAUUCAUUGCCGACCUGGUAGUUGGACUCUCUACAGGACAGAUCAAGACUGGAGCCCCGUGCCGAUCUGAGAGACUCGCUAAGUACAACCAGAUUCUCCGUAUCGAGGAGGAACUCGGCAUCCAGGCCAAGUACGCUGGUACAAACUUCCGAUUCCCCUACGGAAAAUGUUAGAAAUUAUUACCAGCUAGAACAUUGUUAAAGAUUUUGUUAGAGGAAAAGGAGAAGUGGACUGUGUACAUCUGUAUUACAUGCUUACUUUUUAAUUUUUUUAUUGUUGUUUUUUUUAUUUCUUUUUUGAAUGCUUUUAUGUUUAAGAAUAAUGAUUGAGAUGUAUUCUUCAUAGUAAUACACUCUAUUUAUUGAAAUCUCAGAAGUCUUUUUAUAUCUUUUCAAUCUUGGUUCAUUGCAGGUGUUGGCACUUGUUCUGUUCACCAAAAUGUUCCAUUUAUAGAUCGCAUAUUAAGUGAACUCCAUUGAUUCCAUUGUUAUACUAUACUGCACUUGCAGUGAAUAGAUCUUACAUGAAACAGAAUAUUGCAAAGACAAAACCAUCUUGCAAACUAGCAAAUGAAAAUUGUGUUAAUAUAGCCUUUGUAGACUGAAAUUUAAGUUCGAAGAGAAUGUUGUAAAAUAAAAUUCCACGAAAUAUA